AUGGAAACUAAAUUAUACACAUUGGAAGACAUAAAAAAGUUAUUUCAAGAGUUAAUUUAUACAGUUUGGUUCUUAUUCCUAGUUUGUAAUGUUUGUACAGUACAAUAUGUUUGCAUGUCAAUGUCUGUCAAACGAAAACUCGUCGAAUAUUGUUUCGAUGCAUCGUCCCCAUUUUCAUUUGUCAGUCUAUGCAUUUUGCGCUUCUGGCAUGAAUUUAUCAAUUCCAAUUGGCCAACCGAUUGUUUGAACAAAACAUAUGGGCCAUAUUAUUGGGUCAACUUUGAUUGUGCUUUGUAUUUGUUAGAAAAUGGAUUCUUUCAAUACAACAGUGAAAAACUCAUUGCCAUUGCCGUGUACAAUCAUAGGCUGUUUCGUCGUAUUGUCGACACUAAGAUUGUUGAUCCAGUCAAAUUACUACAAGAUCCGGCUUUCAACCGGAAGGAAUAUUCAAGAGAAGUACAGGCACACGACGAUACAUUAUUGUAUGUACUAGAUUCCAUGGGAAAAAACAAUGAAACGCUAAUACGAUUGGCACUUAUUGGACACUGUGCGGGGAUACAGCUAUUGAUUAAUGAAAACAUUCAAUUGUACGAGGGAGUGGCGAUUGCAACGGCUUUGAAUGGUCACAGUCAUUGUUUGGAUUUCCUCAUAAAACACAGUUGCCCUUUAUCGAAUCAAAUUGUAGACGCAUUAAAACAUGAAUCUCGAAAAUCCAAUUGUUCGUAUCAAAUAAAAACUUGUUUACAUGUAGUUGAUGAUUAUUUUGAAAAAUGUAAAUAA